UACAAAAGCAAAUUUCUAAUUUAAGUAGGCAUAUUUUAUCUUCUUACUCUAGUUGAUAGAAAUAGAACUAUACUAUUAUGAUAUUCCGUUUAUUGGUCUGCUACAUUUUGUCCUACACGCUACUUCAUCUUGACAAAGUCGCCAGUACAACAUGCGGUAGGAGUCUGAAUAAGAUCGUUUCGUCUAGAGUGGUCGGAGGGAAAGAAGCAAAAGAAGGAGACUGGCCAUGGCAAGCAGUGUUCGUAAAAAAUCCUCACCGACUGGUAUCACAGAUUCGUCCUCGAAAUAUGUUCGGUGGCGGUUCGGUUAUAAACAGCAAAUGGGUAUUGACUGCUGGUCAUGUGUUUGAUGGACCGUUUGCAAAGUCGCUCGUUACAAACGACUGGAAAGGGUUUCUUGUAAUUUUGGGCAUGACAAAAUAUCCAGAAAGAGUUCAAUCACUCGCUAAAGAAACCGUUUUAUUUGAACCUGAGAUGGUGAUCCGUCAUGAUAAAUACAAACCAUCAACUUAUGAAUAUGAUGUUGCUUUAAUAAAAUUUGGAAAAGCUCUCCAUGAAGUAAGACGGCGUUUAGUGCCUCUUACAACUUUAAUAGAGAUUCCUUUUGAUGGAGACGUACGACCGGUUUGUUUGCCAUGCUACAAUGCUUGCGGUACGACAGAAGAAAAUAAUAAUAAAUUUUCUCCAGAACUUUGUGAUAGAUUUGAAAAAAAUACGGUUAUAGCCGAAAGAUCAAAAAGUUCAACAGCCCAGUCUUUCGUAACUGGAUUCGGAUCAGUUGUUGCUCGUGAUCCUAUGUCGACAAAUUAUCAAUAUCCGAAAUCUCUACAGCAGGCAGAACUUGCAGUUUUUGAUGACGAAAGUUGCGAUGAUGCUGUCAAGAUGAUAAACGAGAUUUAUAAUUCUGUCGGACACAAGGUCGUUGCUACAUAUACGAAACAAAUGUUGUGUGCCGCAGGUGCGAGGAACAUUUCAGAUGCUUGCCAAGGAGACAGUGGUGGCCCGCUCGUUAGAAUGACAAGGUUUUCGAUAGAUGAAGUAUGCUGGACUCAGAUUGGCAUUGUUAGUUGGGGAUUGGGAUGUGCCUCUAACAGCACAAAUGGUACGGUCCUGCCGGGAUAUUACACAAACGUGGCUGUUUUGAUGGGAUGGAUUGCAGAAAAGAUUGGACUUUCUGCUUCAUCGAAACCGACCUCAAUCGCUGCGACUCUUGUACACGAAGAGGAUAUUGAUACUAGGGGUAGAUCAUUGCCAAAAGCAAAUUGUCCAAAACCAUUUAAGAUAGAGAAUGGACAAGUUAGAGAAUUCAACACAGAACGUGCAAUUGGAAGUGUGAUAAAGUAUUCUUGUGACAAUGAUUUUAUGCUGUCUGGUAACAGUACAGUGGUAUGCGGUCCAAAUGCUAAAUGGGGUACAGCUCCAAUAUGUGAAGAAAUUAUGUGUCCACAACCUAUUGUUCCCGAUAAUGGAAAAAUCGUCGGUGAUGUUUUCACAUCUGGAAGUCGAGUGCUUUUCGAAUGCAACGAUGGUUUUAUACUUCACGGAAUUAGCAGCUCGACGUGCGGCAGCAACGGUAAAUGGACAGAAAGUAUUUGGACGUGCAAAGAAAUUAUUUGUCCUGAGCCCGAAGCUCUUGAACAUGGAAAGGUCUUUAAAUCAGAUAACUUCAAAUAUAUGAGUCAAAUAGUUUAUCAAUGCAAUAGUGGAUACAUACUGCGAGGGAAUUCUAUAUCUGUGUGCAAUGAAAAAGGCGAAUGGAAUGGUAGCCGAAUAUGUGAAGCUCAAAAUAUGUCAUGUCCAAAGCCCGGCACCCUUAUAAACGGAAAAAUUGUUGGGAAUCGAUUAGAUACAGGAGGUGUUUUGGUCUUCGGAUGCAAUCCAGGUUACAAUUUAAUUGGGAGGCAUUUUUCUGUAUGUAGCAAUCUCGGCAAGUGGGGACCAUUCCCAGUUUGUAAAGAAAAAGCCUGCGAUGCAAUCGUUACACUAAAGAAUGGCAACGUAAUUGGCAAUAACUACUCGAUAGGAAGUUCUUUAAAAUUUACAUGCAAUGUAGGUUUUGUUCUUGAUGGAAGCGAAGAAGCCACCUGUUUAGAAAGCAGUCAAUGGAAUCGAAUACCUACCUGCGACAGAAGACCAAAUUGCAUUUCACCGGAGGCACCAAAGAAUGGUGGAAUAAGAUCGCCGAAAAAAGUGUACCAAAUUGGAAGAUACGUAAUUUACUAUUGCGAAAGAGGAUUUGAACUGAUUGGCUCAUUUUGGGCGCGUUGUUUAAAUACCCAUGAGUUCUCUUCUCCUCCUCCACAAUGCCGAAGACAACAAACAACAUGUCCUAAACCACCGACACUCACAAAUGGAAUUGUUGAAGACGGUGGAAAAACACAUUUUGCCGUUGGAAGUUCCAUCAGCUUUAGUUGUAAUGAAGGGUAUUUCUUAAGUGGAAACAGUUCAGUCGCCUGUGGAAAAGAAGGAAAAUGGGGGAAUUAUCCUUCUUGUGAGGCUGUAACAGGUUGCGACAGACCAAAGCUAGAAAGAGAGGUAUUCAUUCUGAAACCUCGCGAUUUUUAUCUGACUGGUCAAUAUGUAGAGUUCGGCUGUCCUCCAGGAUAUAUAUUAAAAGGCUCCAAAUAUUCAGGAUGUGAAAGUUCUGGACAAUUUUUACCGCCUUCUCCAGUCUGUAUUAUAGGUCGGACAUCAUGUGUCACGGGUUGUUAUUAUGAAGAGGAGGCUGCAUGCCAGUGCCAUGAGUUGUGCGUAUUUACUGGAGAUUGCUGCAGCGAUCAUUUUCUGUUUUGCCAAUCUCGAAAUUCAAAAAGAUGAGAUUGUAUUUUUAAAAGACAAAAGCGUCCAAAAUUAUAGGACAUCAUAUGUCCUAAUUGGUUUAUUUUUCUCUGCCUUUUAAUUUUCUGCAAAUAAGAAUUUAUUGUAUAAA